UGCUAAAAUGUAUUAAUGCAGAUUAUAAAUCUUUUAUCUCCUGCUCAGGAACACUGGAAAUACGACCCAUUCAGUGGUCACAAAGACGACAACGGUGAUAUAUAUGGUCGUGGUACACAAGACAUGAAGUGUGUCGGAGUCCAGUAUUUAGAAGCUCUGAAAAGUCUCAGGAAAGAUGGACACAAGUUCCUCAGGACAAUUUACAUUUCGUUUGUACCAGACGAGGAGAUUGGUGGACUAAACGGCAUGAAGAAAUUCGUCAGGAGUGACGCCUUCCAGAAGAUGAAUGUCGGCUUCGCCCUGGACGAGGGAUAUGCCAACCCGACUGACAACUUCUACGUGUUCUACGGAGAGAGAACCGUGUUAUGGGUAAAAGUGAAGUGUCCAGGUCAGCCAGGUCACGGGUCACAGUUCCUGACCAACACUGCAGGAAAAACACUCCAGAAGGUCAUUGACUCUUUCCUGGGUUAUAGAGAUGAACAAGAACGCUUACUGAAGGAGAACAAGAACCUGCGUCUUGGAGAUGUUAACACUGUUAACCUCACGAUGCUGGAGGGAGGUGUUCAGUAUAACGUAGUUCCAGCAGAACUCAGCGUUGGCUUUGAUAUUCGUGUUACUCCCUCUCAAGACUUGACGGAAUUUGAGCAGAAGAUAACGAGCCUUUGUAAGGCUGCUGGAGAUGAUGUUACUUACGAGUUUGUGGUGAAUAAGAUCCCCGAACCUUCAGAGAGACAGAAGCAGCUGACCUGUGUGGAAGAUGGUCAGAAUCCCUGGUGGGACGCUUUCUCUCAGGCUUGUGAAGAUGAAGGCAUAAAUCUCGACAAGCAAAUAUUUCCUGGUGGUACUGACAGCAAAUUUCUGAGGCAGGUCAACAUUCCAGCUCUUGGUUUCUCCCCCAUGAACCGGACACCAAUUCUUCUUCACGACCACAAUGAAUUCCUCAACGAGAAAGUAUUUCUACGUGGCAUUGAGAUCUACAAGACCAUUAUCAGUGCCCUUGCUAACAUGAAGGUCUAAGGUCGUCUGAUUCACUGUAUCAUGUCUGGGAUUGAUGGUACCAUGAGACCUGGUCAUGAUGGAAAUAAAUGGUAUAAAAUACCGACACAAUGGAAACAUAAACACAUAUGCAGUGUAUUAACAACGUUUCGCACACACAGUGGCCUUUUUCAAGUCACAAACAGAUCUAGGUAGAUUUGUCUGUGACUUGAAGAAGCCCACUGUGUGGGCGAAACGUUGUCAAUAAAGGAUCACAUUAAACUACGUAUGUGUAUAUGUUUCCAGACCUGGCCAUAGACGGGGCCGCGGGGGCGUUGACCCCUUACUAUAUAAGGAAUCUCCCAUAUGAAGAUAGACUAAGUCUACCCUACGUCUCUCUGGAGAUAAGUAGGGUGAAGGGACAUAUCUGUUAGCCCAUACUAGGAUCUGCUUAAUAUGGGCUAACAGGCCUUCUGCAGUGCGCCUCCUUAUGUUCUUAUGUAUAAGCGGAUGAUGGGCAUAAACAAAGGUAAUAUUGGUAAAGUAGUGAGGUUGUGGAACCAGGUAAGAACCAGAGAUAAUACAGGAGUGAGACGGGUUGGUUAUGAGUGGGUCGUACACGUGAGUAAAUGGAAUCAUCAACGCUUAUUGCUUGGGUAGCAGUUAUUCUGCCUAGUAUGGGCCAGCAGGCCUAUUGCAGUGCUCCUCCUUCCUUAUGCUCUGGCUCGGUGCUAUAAUAUAGUUUAAUACAUUAGGUAAAACACUGGUAACUAAAUAAAUUAUAAAUCCCAACCCUCUAAA